AUGCUGCAAAAGAAAAAGCGGCAAAGCCGGUUCUACGGCGGCAUUUGUGCAGCGCCAGCUGUUGUGCUUCUUCCCCAUGGACUACUCGAUGCAGGUCCGGCUACAACGUAUUCAAGCUACGAGUCCAAAAUGACUGGGGAUGAUUACCGCCCCAAAGAGCGUGUCGUAGUAAACGGCACGUGCGUGAUCGACCAGAUCCCCGGUACUGUGAUCGAGGUGGGAUCGAAGCUUGUUGAACUGCUAUGUAGCGAGGAGAAGACGAAGUGUGGCUUCGGCAUUGAUUGCGUGAAUUAA